CUUUCUGCUCGCUGCUCAGAGCGCGUGAGUAGAAAUGAGUCGUGCGGUUGUCAGCGUCCUGGAGCGGUGUCUCGCGCUGAUGUGCCUGUCUGUGUCAUGGGUUCCCUGACGCAGGUGGGAAGCAAAUGGAUCUGCUGCCAGAGUCGGCAUCCCUGGCUACCAAGCUGUGGAAUACCCUGAUUCACUACCACAGCAUCGGAGACAGCGAAUGGCGAGCUGCGAAGAAAACAAAAGAUGCAACUGUGUGGUGUAAACCAUCAGAGGAAUUCAGUGGAUACCUCUACAAAGUUCAAGGAGUGGUAGAAGAUGUUGCUAACAGAAUAGUGGAUCAUAUUCGCCCUGGACCUUACAGGCUAGACUGGGACAGCUUAAUGACUACAAUGGACAUCUUGGAAACCUUUGAAGAGAACUGCUGUGUGAUGCGCUACACCACAGCUGGCCAGCUCUGGAACAUCAUAGCACCAAGAGAGUUUGUAGAUUUCUCUUACACUACAAGCUAUGAGGAUGGGCUUCUAACAUGUGGUAUAAGCCUAGACUAUGGAGAGGUGAGGCCUAACUUUGUCCGUGGAUUCAAUCACCCUUGCGGUUGGUUCUGCAUCCCUCUUAAGGACUGUCCUAGCUACAGUCUUUUGACAGGCUAUAUUCAGACUGAACUGCGAGGGAUGCUACCACAAUCUGUGGUAGAUACUGCCAUGUCUAGUACCCUGGCCAAUUUCUACUCUGACCUCAAAAAGGCGCUGAAAACAGACAAACCGUGACUUAAAAGCCCAUUUGUUUCUUGCAAUCAAAUUGCAUUGUUUACCUUAACACAGGUUCACAACUGAGUUAAGAGAUCAGUAAUACUGUUCCUGAAUGAUACCUGAAUGUUUACAUUGAGGGAUCCAAACAAGUUUACCAAGUACUUUUUGAUGUGACAACUUAGCAUACAUUCCUAAUUCACAGUGCAAAUUUCUGCUGCCUGCUUCACACUCCACAGCAGUGUAAGGAGAAAUAUGAAUCUAUAAAUCUACUGCUUCCUAGGUAAAACCCACAAGGUAUGUGUGUGGACUUCUAAAAAAAGCAGCAUGAACUCAGCUCUCAUGGAUCAUAUUGAGAGUGGAGUGGUCAACAUUUUGCUGGUGUGGGUCUCUGUACAGUCAGCAUCUCAAUAAAGAUAUAAUUGUGUAAUAUAUAUUUUUUUAUGUUUAUUUAAAAGUUUUUAACUUAGUUUGUACAGAUGCAUCUGCAAUUUGUUGUAAAUUUUUGCUUUGAUUUAUGCUAGGAAUAUUACAUAGGUGAGUUGUUAGAUGAUACUCAUAGGAAAGCUGUUCCCUCUUGGUAGCAAAAAUAAGAAUUCAUUAUUGGCAUUCUUUCAGUGUUGUAACAACUUACUACCAUAU